CCAACGAAAUUUCCCCCCACGCGUGGAAACAGGGGGAGGGAGAGUGGGAGGGGACAGGGCACGUUUGCAGGCGUGAAGCCCUAAGACCUCUCUCUCUCUCUCUCUCUCUCUCUCUCUCAGAAGACAAACUAGAAGAAGAAGGAAGAGGAGGUGGUGGAAGAAAGUUCGGUGACUAUGGCAAGUUCAACGAACUCCAUGCUAUCUUCCUUCUUCCUCUUCACCGUGAUGCUGUCACUGCAGGAGAUGUAUAGAGGAAAACUGGCCUCGUCGGAGUUGUUGACGAUACUUGGAGGAUUUAUGAGUUCCAUCCUAUUCCUUGUCUUGCUAACAUUCAUUGGGAAUUUUCAGGAAUCAUGUGGUGUUCGAACUGGAUGGGGUGCUGUCAUACUAGCAGAGUUCGUUGCACUUGUUGCUGCUGGAACUGUUCAUCGUGUUUGUAUUACAACAUGCUUCCUGUUCUCAAUGGUGUUUCUUUACGAGAUAAAUAAGCUGUCUGGCAUGAUUCAUGGCAAAGCUGAGUUGAAAGCCAAGCGGUAUUGAAUUGACACGCUCGUGAAAGUGAAUUCAUGCCUUUCUGAAGCGAAAUGUAUUUGGCUGUCGUCAUGCUUUGAGGAGUAGGUUAAAUGUUUGUAGGCUUUUUCCUUGGAAUGAUUAUUUUACCACUUGUAGCAAUUAAAGUAUUAAACCAUUUUUGGUGAUGCAAACUUGUACCUUUGCAAGGUUCUGCUGCUGUCUCCUAAGUUCAUGUGCCUUAUUGCUAUUGA